AUGGGUGACUACAGCUGGAUUUUUCUUGCACUUAGUGUCCGUGACGAUAAGAGAAUGCACCUGGGAAGUCUUGCAUUUAUUGGUGAGAUGGAAGUACUACUGGUGCCAGCUCGAGAAACUCGAAGAACAGCUAGAGUACAGAUGUCGAACUGUUAUCUUGGAUUCUCGAAAGCUGAACAUGCGGAACUCGAGACACAAACUAAGAACAGUAUUGUGUCAGGCAUGGAUGAAACUACAGAUCUAUUGGCUACGAUACGAAACCAGACGAGUACCAUCUCAACGCUCCCGUCUACAUCCUAUAGUUCUCAUAGUUCAGGCUCUUCCUGUACACAGCAAAUGGUGUCACUGGAUAUGUCAUUGCCACUCCUACAAGCACAAUCUCUCCAGCAUCUGGUUGUUCAAAACGUAUCUGUGGACAAUCUAACGACAGAUACAUCUCGGUCACAGUUUGCGGAAAGGGAUACGGUUCUACGGUCGGCAGCAGCUGCCACUACUCAUAAGUUUGCUGUCGUUAAACAUGAGCUGCUCAACAUCAAUGAGCAGUCGGAAGUAGAGGAAAACGUUGAAAUGGGAACGAAUGUACCAAAAUCAUUUCAAUCAGCUGCACUUGGCACAUGUUAUAAACGGAGAGCUAAACGCGUUGACUUUCAAACAUUCAAAAGAAGAAAAACUGAUUCGGAGAAAUCCGUCCAGACUUACGGCCCUUUCAAUCAACCAUCAACGAGCAAUGGAAUCAGAAGGGAAGCAGUGGAGCUGGACAGGAUGAAUCCACCGUGUGCGGUGUGCGGUGACCCAUCAUCAGGGAUCCACUUUGGAGCAGAUUCAUGCGCUGCGUGUUCUGCAUUUUUUCGACGAACCGUUGCUGUGAAACGCGAUUUUCAAUGCUCUGGAGAGAUUCUCAACUAUUGCACAAAUCUGAAAGGUUCAAGCAGUUGCAAAAAAUGUCGCUUCGAAAAAUGUUUGUCUGUUGGAAUGGAAAUGGGCAGCGUUCAAUGCAACCGCGAUUCUAUUGGUCGAUAUUCGAAAAAAGCGGAAAUGUUACAAGAGAAAAAUGUUUCAUCAGUUAAGGACAAUGUUCUCAGUGACCUAGUGAUGAAUUAUAAUGCCCUAAAUUAUCGACGUUCCUUGUUUUAUUCGAUGGAACAGCCCAUAGAAGAAGCAUUCGAUGAGAAAGAACCUCCUAUUCGUGAAAUGAGGUCUAUUUCUGAAAGCCUGUACCAAAUGAGACAACUUGAACCACGACUUGCCGCUGACUUCGUCAGAUCUCUACAAUUUCUCAAGGAUUCUCAUCUUACUAUCAAAGAAUUACAUUCUCUAUACCAAAAUUUCGACGUUACACGACAAGCUGUCGAGGAACCGUUUCUUACAUACAAGCAUCAAAUGUUGGAUAAAAAUUGUUGGGUGAUGCUGAACAGGAACUAUAUUGAUCUCUCAAGUACACAGAAGUAUUUCGACGAUGGUACGAUGAUUGAGUUGACGUUGAAUCGGCAGACUGCAGAAAACCUCUUCAUCCCUUCGCUACAAAGUGCUAUAGCCAAUGUUAGCACAAGAAUGAGGAAACACAAAGUUGAUGAGACCGAAAUGAUUGCUCUUUACGGAGUUGCUCUAUUUGAUCCAGGUGUAAAUGAAUUAUCCAGUGAAGCGCGGGACAAAAUGUUAACUGCUCGAGGACUUAUCAGUAAGUCUUUGUUGCAACGUUACGAAGAUGAUGACGUUGACGAUCCGGAGAUCAGACUAGGCACAUUGUACAUAGACGUGUAUACUUAUAGCAAGGUACAUGCAAUCACAACUUCAGAAAACAAACACCUUCUGGAUAUUUUCGACAUUUUUCCGAUGUGUAAAGAACGGCUCAGAGAGAGCAUUGUAGUUAACAAGGAUGCGGCUAGUGCUGAUUUAAAACAGUUGCGAGUGGAUGUAACAGGUGCAGCAGGUACAUCCUACGAGGGUGAAAAGUUUUCACUGCAGUUUCGGUUUACUCAACAGUACCCGGUCAAUUCGCCUGAGGUAAUGUACGUUGGUGAGAAUAUACCUGUGCAUCCACACGUUUAUUCAAACGGUCAUAUUUGCCUUUCGAUCCUUUCGGAGGACUGGACUCCUGCUAUGAGCGUACAAACCGUGUGUCUCUCCAUUCUUUCGAUGUUGUCAUCUGCUCGAGAGAAGAAGCGGCCGCCUGAUAAUGCUAGUUCAAGAAUGUUAUGA